ACCCUGCGGCGAGUGCCGACAAACCGCCAUAUCUCCUUCAAGGGGGCAAAUGUUUUGGUCAAUUCUCCACUUCGGACAGUGACGUGAACGGUGAGGGAAAAAGUAGAAAUGUUACGAUAAAGUGUGAACUAUUGGAAGACCAUGAAUUACUGGUGCAAGAGAGUAUAAAGAGAAAUUCGUUUCUGUAUAAAUUGGAAAUCUAUGGACCAAUCGUUUCACUUUCUGAUAUACCGGAUGAUGCUGGACACUGCAGUGGACAUAUUGUUAUCAUUGAACUGUUUGCAACUGAUAAAAUUAUCUUCGACAAUGAUUAUAAUUCAUUGGGUACGGAUAUAACGUUCGUUGUAGCUGCUCCAACAGUGGAGAUUGUCGGUAAGAGAAGAAUUGAUCUGAGAGGACGCGAUGGUGGUAUGCCUGAAAGACCAGCAGCCAAAAAUGGUAAUCGUGGCGGUAGUAUACAUGGCGAAAAUGGCGUAGCCGGACUACCAGGUGGUCCCGGCGGGCAUUUUUACGGAAUAGCCAACGAGAUAAUAAAUUUCGACAAACUCACUGUCAGAGUUCAAGGUGGAAAUGGAGGACCAGGACAAAAUGGCGGCAAUGGAGUGUCGGGUGAUAAUGGAAAAUAUUUAAAUUUAAACGAGGAGAAAAUUAACAACUUCAAAGAUACAGAAGGUUUUAAUGUGAUUUUACAAAGACAUGUCCCUGUAUCGGCGGAAAAUUUCCUUGUUAUUGCUGAAGUACAGGAAGUGGUACUUGGUGAGAAGGGUACAAAUGGGGGUAAUGGUGGUAAUGGUGGCGUUGGAGGUGAAGGUGGUAUUCCCGGUGUUUAUGCAUUUAUCAAUUUGGAAAAUAGAAAUUGUGAUCGAAAACAAAUAUUCAAAGAUAUUCAGCGUGGUAAUAGUGGCCGCAAUGGGAAAGGUGGUAGGGGAGGUGCUGCUGGAUUUUCGGGAAAAGAUGUUUUCAUCGAAUACCAAGUUGCCUAUGAUACAAAGAUUACGGUGAAAAAUUUCGAAUACUAUGAUCAUGAUGAACCACUUGAUGGCGAUAAUGGAGAAAAUGGCGUAUCAACAAAGGGCGAAAGAAAUCCACAUCAGCAUCCAAUUUGGCAGCAACUUCUAUUUACAUUAAAGCGAUAUCAUGAUUUUCUAUUGAAUAAUAUGGAUAUGAGUCUCAAUGUUGAAACAAUGCAUAAAGUUAUUCCGAAUGUUAAUCGAAUUUUAAAUAAUGUUCGAUGUAUUUUGACACUUGUUGAAUGA